GAUGUGCAUUUUUGACACAAACCAAAAUGUAAGCUACAUUGAAGUGUUGAAUGUCCUCAGCUAGCUGUACUUUAUAUGGUUUCUUUCUCCAACAGAUUGGGAAACAGAAUGCCAUUUGAUGGAGCCAGUGAACCUGACCAUGCCCGUGGGUCAUUAAAAUCAGAAUCAGACAUUUUGCAGAACACACUACCUGAAAAUGAGAAAUUCUAUUUUGAUCUGUCCAGAAUUAUUGAUACAAAUGCAAGGCAUGCUGAUGGAAUUUUCACCAGUGUCUACAGCCAUCUUUUGGCUAAACUUGCUGUGAAGAGAUAUCUGCAUUCGCUUAUUAGAAAACGAGUUAGCUCUCAGGACAGUCCUGUCAAACGCCAUUCUGAUGCUGUCUUCACUGACAACUACAGCCGCUUUCGAAAGCAGAUGGCUGUGAAGAAAUACUUAAACUCAGUUUUAACUGGAAAAAGAAGCCAGGAAGAGCUAAACCCUGCUAAACUUCGAGAUGAAGCAGAACUUCUUGAACCUUCCUUCUCAGAAAACUAUGAUUCUGUAGAUGAGCUGUUGAGCCACCUCCCUCUGGACCUCUGAAGGACACCUGGUAAAGUCUAUGACAAGAACAAGCUAUUUUUGAGUUCCACAUGGUAUUUCAAAGAGAUGACUUUAGUCAUCAAACCAGAACAAAUAUGUUGUGAAGUGACAGUUGUGAUAUAUUUGUUUCUUAUGUAAUAAAAGUUGAUAUUUACAUUGUAAAUAUUACUCUAGAGUUCUCUACUGAAAGCUGUACAUAUGGAUGCCAGUUUAACUUAUGAGAAGUCUGUGAGUCCAUAUGCUGUAAAUCCUUUCCUUCAAUAAAUUCAUUUGAAAAU